AUACGCGUGUUGUGUAUACAAAAACAGCUGAGCAAGUUCGUUUUUUACGUCGCGCGCGUAGAAUAGUGUUGUUUUGUGCGGUUUUUCCGAUUACAAAUUGUGCGAAAGAAUCAACAUAAAAUGAUCAAAAGACCAUCCAGCAAGGACAAUGAGAAUGAUAUCCUGCGCAUGCAGCAGGAUUUUUACGCCGAGUCGAAUCGAGACACGAGUUUCCAACCGGCAGCCAAAGUGGUUCGUGUUCGGCAAGAAGGCAAAACGGAAGGCGCUUCAGCUGGGAAAGUUCCUCGCCAGUCGGAAUUUGCUCGACGUCGACAGCUCCAGAAAGCCAACAAAGAGGAGACCGCACCGGAGCGGAAACCGGAUGUUCCGGAGCACACAAUCAUCGGUGACAUUGUGGAGAAGCGCUACGAAGAGGGAUUUGUUCCGAUAGAAGUGGAGGAGAGGGGUGACUCGGCAAGGGAAGCUUUCCCAAAACCGAUACAUUUGAAGGUGCUUCCCCACGGAAGUGGCCAGAAGAAAAGCUUAUUCGCUCAGAUGUUCCAGAAAGAGGCUGGUUCCGAUUCCGGUGGUUCGGAGCGUAAGAGUUCAAAGGUUCAUCUUCCGACUGAAAGCGUGAUUCUUGAGGGAAGCGAUGCGAUGGACAUCCACGAAGAGAAUCUGGAAAAGAUGAAGCAAAUGGAUGAGGGUGAAAUACUGAAGGAAAGAGAACAUCUAAUGAGCACUAUGGAUCCCAAACUGGUAGAGUUCUUGAAGGCCAGGAAGAAGGGUCCGGUUGCAAGCCAAAAGAAAGCACCGGAGCCAAUUCAGGAAGUGGAAGAGAUAACCACGGAAGCCCCAAAUCUGGAUGUAUUCUGUCAGGAAGGGUCUGAUCAGUGGAUCAAUUUCGAUAUUUUGGAACCGGAAAAGCUGGAAUGGACAAAGAACAUCCAAAAAACCAUGAAAGAUCUUAAACCGGGUGAAACCUUUGAGGCCCGGUUUGACUGGAAGGGAGUUCUUCAACCGUAUGUGGUUAAAGAGGAAGAUCCAAAUAAAGAUGACCGAGAAUUGUAUUUGCAUGGGGAAGAAGCAGAUCGUCCGGGUUACACCCUGCAGGAGCUAUUCCGAUUAGCUCGGGCAAACGUUCUUCAGCAACGAAUAUCCGCUCUGAACGCAAUUGGCGGCAUUUUGAACAUUCUCAACCAGGGAUUCUACGACGGAGUGCUGGAGCUUCCAAUAUCCAAGAUAUUCUUCUUUUUGAGAUUCGCUCUGGACGAGAACACGCCGGCAGUCGUGGAAGCGGCCUCCCGAGCUUUGGCCUACCUUUUCUACAACGAUACGGAUGAAACCCUCUUGGAUACGAUUUACGACACCAAAAAUGGCAUCUACCAGCCGGAACUCGGUCUCAACGUUACUCACAGUCGUACGGAAGAAGAUGACCUGCGCCAAAAGGAACUCGAAACCGGAUUUGGCUCGUUGAAACUUAACAGCCAAAAGCAAUCCCAAAAAUCCACCCGCAAGGUCCACUUCUCGGCCGAGCUCUACGAUGACCCGGACGACAUCCACAAUCGGGAAACGAUGAACGAUUUCCACCUGGCGGAGACCGACCUUCUCGAGUGUCUCCUGCGAACCAACAUUCUGGAACGCAUACGCUAUAUACUGUUCUCGAUGCGUCCCGAGGGAACCACGGUCAUCAGCUGUGCCAAGCUGUUGAUUCGUCUCGCGCGAACAAACGAAUCGAUGGCGGUGAAGAUCGCUUCCAAUGAGUUGCUGAUGGGGGGUUUGAUAGGUGGUUACCUCAGUUCUUCCGUUGAAGGCCUGGAGGGGAAGCAACUGCCGCCGCAGCACGUGGUCAUAAAGUUGCUACGAGUUUUGUGCUCGUAUGGGGGCGAGAUGUACGAAAGAUACCUGGCGAGAUACCAUGUGACCAGUCUGCUGAAGCGGCACGUUUUCAGCCGGAGGGAUAUCAAUGUAACAUUGAUUCAGACCCAAAUUGAAACAUUCCGUUUCAUGCGGUUGAUCUUGAAGACUACUCAAAACGAUGAAUUGUAUUGCGAUUUACAUCCGGCGCUUUUCUAUCUGUUAGAGUGGCACUACCAGCAUCUCGUCCUGGAUGAAAACGGUCCGUUCAUCAUUCGUCAGCACUGUGCGUCCUUGUUAGCGCUAAUUGGCUACGACCGGGUUCAGCAUGUCGCCAACGGAUUCAGUCCGCAGAACUGGGAUCGUUUGUUUGCCUGCUUCAGCAAGUGGUUCAACACGGCGGCCAAGUACGGUGUUAAUGAGUUUUCCCAGAAGCUGCUACUGGGGGCCUGUCUGGAUUUGGCGGGCAAGGUGCGAACCAUCGCCGGCAGCUAUUACCGAAACUUUUUCGACGGUUACUUUGGCGCCUUUCUCAAGAGCAGCAAGUUUGACGACCUGAUGAAACAACUGAGCCACUCGCCACUGCUCGGGACCAGCCCAGGCAUGGAGGACCGCAGCGCUAAAAUCGCGCCCCUUCCCAACCUGGGGGGUGUGUUGACGCGCGACAACCCACCCACGGCUCCCACGCUAAUCCUGACGAAAUCCUAUCCAGUUUUUAUGCUGCACGCAAUGCUCGGUCUGCUACGUUCGCAUGCCGAGUACGACCAAACCCCGCUGCGGAACUUCGUGAAUAACAAGUGUCACUUCAAUUAUCUGAUCAAACUUGCUGCUAUGGUUUCGGGACAAAAUCGUAAAACCGUUCCGGCGGCGGUCGACAAAUCAACCAAUUGGUUUUUGAAAAGCGAACUGAAUUAUCUGCUCGAUGUGCUGACAGUGCUGGUAAAGGAUGACCGAUAUCAUCGUCGACGCGUCAGCGAUGAAGGAUCAGGCCAUGGGGAGGGUGACGUUGACAUGGAGAACCGAGGCGGACAAUUGAUUUCCAACGAAGCGACACAAACCAACGAUGUGGGCAACGAUGGUCGAUUAUUGCUGGCAGUAACUUUUAAGGUGCUUCUGCAUCUGAGUGAGGAAUUCUAUACUGCCAUCGUAAAGCUAUUCGAUGAGAUAGUCUUUGUUCGAGAUUUCUAUCCCAGUCAAUGGCUUCAGGAAGGCAACGCAACUGUCACAGCCGAGGAGCUCCAGAGGUGGAAAUUCAACUACAAAGUAAAACUAAAAUCGUUUCUGAAACGAGAGGAAAACUCAUCUGACCGUCGUAAAAAUUACACAGUAACCGAGUGGCGCACUCCGCUCCUCGCCCCAACGUGGCCCUACUCUCUGUUGUACCUUCUCCUGGAAAAGGCAGAGCAAGGAUCCGCCAAACUGGCGCACUAUUCCGAGGAGCAAAUCAUCAGAACGUCGCUACAAUUUUCUGAAUUGUUGGAACAAAACAGCAUCGUGCUGGCGAGUGUCACCCACAGACUUAUGUAUCUGAUGACCGCCUUUCUGGGACCGGAUGCCAAGUUCCUUGACAAGCACAUUUCAGCACUCAUCACACGUCGGAUCGAUGCCUUGCGGAACGAUAUGCUACUAAGCGGGGAACGGUUCGACUUUGAUGUCCGGCUCGAGGAGCGAAAGAGCUUCCACGGGUUGUAUCAACUAGUGUUGGACAUUUUCCAGAGCUCCAGCUACGGUCACGCACCGUUCAGUGCUUUGGUGAUGGCCCCACUGGCCCAGCACUACGACAUUCAGUGGCGCAACCUCGUGUGGUCGGAGCACGUGGCCGUUCUGAGGUUUAUUACCUGCAGCGAGCAACAGCUCUUCGGGACAAUGGACGACUAUUUGCAACCGGAAGAGUCCGAUGUCACCCUGCUCAAGUUCUACAGCCAAGCACUGAACUCGAAUCUGUUGCGCACGGGGUCGAUUCCCGCCCGGAUAGCGGCUCACCACGUUCAGGCGUACCGAACAAAGGCGCAUGAAAGGAAACAUUCUAAUGAUACUGAUAAAUAAACGGUUUCUAAGAUAA